UCGACGAUGUAGAGUAAUAUUUUAACAGAAUGGAAUUUAACAGAAUUAUCAAUUUGAACGAAUAUUAAAAAAGAUUGAGAGAAAUUGUGCUAUAAACGAUUUACUUUUACACUUUUCUUUUAGCAUUGAAAUUUAGAAUUAGUGCAUUAAAAAAGAUCGAAUAUCGUUGGGGCACGUAUACAUCUUUGCAAAGCUUCAAAAUGGCAAAUCCUCCAAAUGCUGGCCAAUCUUAUUUCUGGAGUUCGGAAGUUUCUCAGCCACAAAACAUGGGAUAUUAUUCCGUGCCACCGCCAAGUUUUCCGCCACCAAAUUUUAGACAACCACCGCCGUCCUACAAUGUGCCAGUGUCCACUAUUCCAGAAAAUAAAGCCACCAAUUUCGGUUCAUCCUAUCAUUCGGUGGCAACUUGUUACCAAAGUGGAGUUCCAAAUUCUUAUUCCGAUGUUUCUUAUCAGAAUCAAAUAGACACGCAGUACGGUAAUCAAAAUUUUGGACUCUCCGGUUAUUCUCAACCGGUGGCUGGAAAUUUUAAUUCAAAUUGGGACAGCAGGAACACCUAUCAAAAUAGUACUAGCCCCGAAUGGAUUUCCAACAAUUACUCCUCCGAUUGGAACAAAUAUCAAAGUGAUAAAAAUUCUUGGAACGAAUCGAACAAAGUACAAGAAGAUGGCGGGAAGUCUAUAUGCAAUAAAUACAAUGAAUUUACGAGUAGUAGAAAAUCCGAAUGGAGAUACAGGGACAAAGAAUCUUCCAGUAGUCGUACAGUUAGUAGCAAACGAUCUAGGAGUCCUGAAUGUAGAUCCAGAUCUAGUAGAUCGCCUCAUCGGUCCAGAUAUGACUCUCAAAGAGACAGACCUUCUAAAUACCACAAAAAUAGUUCAAGCUCUAGAGAACGUUCGCACAAUGAAGAAAGUUCGGAUAGAAGAUCGUCUUACAGGAGAAACAAUUCCUACGUACCACGUUCUCAAAGAUCAUUUACGAGUCACAGAAGUAGGAAAAGGUCAAGAUCUCAAGAAUCUUACUCUACUAAAGCCAGUAGCCCGAGUAAUAGUUCCUCUAGUAAGAGGGAUUUAACGGAGAGGGAAUUACUUCUAGAAAAAUAUAGGCAAGAUUAUUGCGCGACUAGCAAAGAUAUGGAAAGGAAAAUGGAUGAGUUAUCUGCUAUGGGGCCUGAAGGUAUUAUGGAAAAUGCAAGGAAAGUCUGGACGCGUACAGCGCCGGCAGAUUUGUAUUAUAGUAGAGAUGAAAGUAAUUCGAAAGUAAUGAGAGGCACGCUUAAAUUGUACGAAUUGUGCGAAUUAUUUAAGAAAGUAUUAAUUGAUAGAGCCACGGCUGCAAGAGCUUUGCAGCCUCCUUACGAGCCACCUCCGCGGAAGACUAGAGCUCGUCUAUGCAGACACAAAUCGGAAGUGUGUAGCAGCUCUUCUUCCGACAGCGAUAGCUCGAUGGACGAGGACGACAGAACAAUGGAAGAAUUAAUGGCAAAGAAGCAGCAUCCGCAAAGAUUGCAUCCUGAAAUGUGGUUCAAUGAUCCUGGAGAAAUGAACGAUGGACCGUUAUGCAGGUGUAGCGCGAAAUCAAGAAGAUCUGGAAUUAGACACGGAAUUUAUGCCGGAGAAGGUGCAAUAAAUAAAUGCAAUUUAAAUUCGAAUAACGCUGAUAAAUUAUGUCAUUAUCGGAUUACCAUUAGUCCACCAACGAAUUUUCUUACCAAAACACCGACAAUUAUCAAGCACGACGAACACGAAUUUAUAUUUGAGGGAUUCUCUAUGCUCUCCCAUUUUCCUCUAGUAAAAUUGCCGACUUGCAAAGUGAUUAGAUUUAAUAUAGAGUAUACAAUUCUUUAUAUAGACGAAAAACUGCCAGAAAAUUUCACCAUCCAGGAACUGGAUUGUUUUCAAACAUACUUGUUCAAGGAAAUAUUGGAACUCGUAGAUUUCGAUUUACAAGCGGCGCAAGAUAAAUCCGGCUGCGGACAGUUCCAUUUUAUGCCAAGAUUCGUACGCGACUUAGCCGACAAUGGACAAGAAAUCUUAUCGAUGAACGAGGUUUUAAAUUAUUUAAUAAAAAGUAGUAAACUGUUAAUAGAUCCAGAUGAUCUACCUAGGUUAGUAGAAAUGCCGCAAUAUAAGUGGCAAAAUUUCGCCGAUGAGGUGAAGGGCAUGAUCGUUACAUAUCCGGGGAAAAAGCCGUGUAGCGUUCGUGUCGAUCAAUUGGAUAGAAGCCAAACCGAUCAACCGUCCGGUGCAAUUGCUCAUCCCGAGAUUGUACAUUUUGGAAUUAGACCGCCGCAGCUUAGUUAUGCAGGAAACGCAGACUAUCAGAAAGCAUGGAGGGACUAUGUGAAAUUUCGUCAUCUAUUAGCAAACAUGCCGAAACCUUCGUUUGAAGAUAAGAGAAGGCUAGAAGCGAAAGAGAACAAGCUCCAAGAAUUAAGAACUCAGAGUAAAAUGAAGCGUGACGUUACCGUGGAUGUUAGUUCCGAAGGAUUUUAUAGAACCGGAAUAAUGUGCGAUAUAGUGCAGCAUGCCAUGUUAAUCCCUGUACUUGUUUGCCACCUUAGAUUUCAUAAGUCCUUGGACAAUUUAGAACGUACAUUGGGAUACCGAUUUAAGAACAGAUACCUCCUUCAAUUAGCGUUAACGCAUCCCAGUUACCGUGAAAAUUUUGGCACAAAUCCGGACCACGCGCGGAAUUCUUUGACCAAUUGCGGGAUAAGGCAACCCGAGUACGGGGACCGACGAAUUCAUUAUAUGAAUACACGGAAACGUGGUAUCAAUACGUUGAUCAAUAUAAUGUCAAGAUUCGGGGCGAGAACGGAAACUGAGUCUUCGAUAGCGCACAAUGAAAGAUUGGAGUUCUUGGGGGACGCGGUGGUCGAGUUUCUCACAUCGAUCCAUCUGUUCCAUAUGUUCCCCGAUUUGGAGGAAGGUGGUUUGGCUACUUACAGAGCAGCGAUUGUUCAAAACCAGCAUCUUGCCGUAUUAGCGAAAAAAUUAAACUUGGAAGAGUACAUGCUGUAUGCGCAUGGUAGCGAUCUAUGUCAUGAUUUGGAAUUGAGACACGCGAUGGCGAAUUGUUUCGAAGCGUUGAUGGGGUCCCUGUUUCUUGACGGAGGUAUAGAAGUCGCCGAUAGAGUGUUCGGAGAAACGCUUUUUAAGGACGAGGAAGAUCUUUCAAAAGUUUGGGUAAAUUAUCCUAAACAUCCUCUGCAAGAGCAGGAACCAACAGGCGACAGGCAAUGGAUACCAAGCUUUGAACUCUUGCAAAAAUUAACAAAGUUCGAAGAAUCCAUUGGUAUAGAAUUCACCCACAUACGUCUUCUAGCAAGAGCAUUUACCGAUCGCAGUAUAGGAUACACGAACCUAACGUUGGGUUCUAAUCAACGAUUAGAAUUUUUAGGAGACACCGUAUUACAACUCAUAGUUUCCGAAUAUUUGUACAAAUAUUUUCCAGAACAUCACGAGGGGCAUUUAUCUCUUUUACGAAGUUCUCUUGUAAAUAAUAAAACACAAGCAGUCGUGUGCGAUGAUUUAGGGAUGACUCAGUAUGCGCUCUACGGUAAUCCAAAGGCUGAACUGAAAACAAAAGACAGAGCAGAUUUGCUGGAAGCAUUUUUAGGAGCUCUUUACGUCGACAAGGGCUUGGAAUAUUGUCACGUUUUCUGCGACGUAUGUUUCUUCCCGCGUUUACAAGACUUCAUUAUGAAUCAAGACUGGAACGAUCCAAAAAGUAAAUUACAACAGUGUUGUCUGACGUUAAGAACAAUGGAUGGCGGAGAGCCUGAUAUUCCUGUGUACAAAGUGAUCGAGUGUAAAGGGCCAACGAAUACAAGAGUGUACACCGUUGCUGUGUAUUUCCAAGGGAAAAGAUUAGCAAAAGCUUCGGGUCAUAGUAUUCAAGAAGCAGAAAUGAACUCGGCUAAAGAAGCUUUAGAAAAAUCUCAAGAUUUGUUUCCGCAAUUAGACCAUCAAAAACGCGUAAUAGCGAAGAGCAUGAAAAUGCAACAAUGGCCGAACAAACACAAGACGCGGGGAAAGUCUAUGAAACCUACGGAUAGACACGACGAUUCCGAUUGCAGUCAACGUUCUAAAAGAAGUCGAAGCGAGGCAUAGCUAAUGAUUUGGCUACAUUAUCAGUAUCGUACUCCAUUAAUGUGGGACUACCUUUAUACAGUACACUUUUAUUCUUUUGAAUGAUUCUAUGACACAUUUGCAUAUUCGAUAAAAUAUCAUACAAGGUCCAG